GACUACCCAAACUUUCCAUCUUCAUCAGCCUCAACUUAACAUUGACAACAAGCACCAAAUUGCCUACCUAGCCUUUCAGACUCAUUAUCCAUUCCACUCUGAUCUUCUAAUUCGCCUCACUCAAACAUCCUCAACAUUGCGCAACAAACAAUGCUUCUGCGCCCACAUCUCGAGUGUCUGAGAAUCGCGAUUUUUUUUUCACCCUGAAACAGUAGAGAGCAACAGAUCAAACAUCAACCUCCAACCUAGCUUUUCAUUGCACAUCAUGGACAUCUCAAAGAACAAUUCACGUAUAGCACCUUUGUAUCAAAGUGACGUCUCCUCCAACCGAGAUCCUGUGGCUACCGAGCAGAAUCCUAGUAAGGGAUCAAAACGCAGACAUGCAACUGUCUAUGAUGCUGUAGCAGGCAAAGUCUCACAUGACCAAGGUCCCGCAACGGAACCGGAAGAGUUACAGUAUACACCUCGUCACCCAAAGGCAAUCAGAUACUCCACAAAGGAUAUCCCUUUAGCUCCUGACGAAAUUCUAUUCAGGCGGAAAGAUGCACCCGUGCGUUACUUGGAGCACGAUAUCUACUACGCUCAUGAACAUGAUCUUCCCUGUGGGGGGCAGAGUGUCCUGCCAGACAGUGACCUCCUCAAAGCCAUUCACGCUUACACCAGUGCUUUCUACAGCGUCAGAAACCGCGAGCGCCAACCUCUGGAGAGCCGAAACAUUACUGAACGGAGCAUGGAUGAGACAGCUCUCUUGGCGUUUGGUAUCCUCUUAGAGGAAGCUGGCAAGGAGGUCCUUGGUCGACGAGGCGACCUAGUCUUCACUGAGGGUGCAGAUGACGGUCCUGUUAAUGCAUCCGAGCCAGUCCAAGAUGGGACCCGGCUCGUUGGGCAUCACGACAUCUCCUUGCGGGGACGUCCUAAGCGCAGAAAGAUUACCGAAAGUGACGUUGAAUGACACGGGGGAAUUCUCCAGCAUUGAAAGACUAUACAGCUUGAGGGGGCGGCGUGGACCAUCAUUUACAUGCUAUAUCUGUCCAAGCUCUCACAACGGAGGAGCUUGCCCGGACGUCAAACCCCGCCAGGGAACCCAUUUUCAGAUAGUAUCACCUGUUGCGCCAGACAACUGGCAUAUAUGGAUGGGCUUUACAAGUCUGAGCUUGAAGCUUGGAUUAUACCAAAACUCUGGCGCAUGAAUCGAAAGUCGUGCAUUCUGCAAUCACUUAAUCUCAGUGGUGGAAUAAACAUAGCGUAUUCAUACUUGCUUAUACC